AACAAAUUUACGGGUUUGCUCUUUUUUUGUUUUGUUCCUGUCGGAAUUGUGUAAUUCGGUUGAGGUUUUGGUGCAUGUGGUUUUAGAAUUUGCGUAUUUGAAAAUGGUUAAAUCAAUGUGACUUGUGUGAAUUAUCUGAAUUUUGAUAUCAUUGGCUUGAUGGAUUCAGAAUUGGAACCUGUAGCUCUUACACCGCAGAAACAAGACAAUGCUUGGAAGCAUUGUGAAAUUUACAAAUACGGUGAUAGACUUCAGAUGAGGUGUCUCUACUGUCGGAAAAUGUUCAAAGGGGGAGGUAUUACGAGGGUGAAGGAACAUCUUGCUGGUAAAAAGGGACAAGGCACGAUCUGUGACCAAGUUCCUGAAGAUGUGAGGCUCUUUUUGCAGCAGUGUAUCGAUGGAACCGUGAGACGCCAGAGGAAGAGGCAAAAAUCCAGUUCAGAGCCUUUGUCUGUAGCUGCUUUACCUCCUAUUGAAGGAGAAAUGCUGAUGGUUCAGUCUGAUAUGAAUGACGAUUUUAAAUCGCCGGGUAGUUCGGAUGUGGUUGUGCAAACCGAGAGUGUGAUGGGUGGCAGAACAAAGCAAAGGACUUACAGGAGUAGAAAGAAUGCUUUUGAGAAUGGUAGUGGGAGCAACAAUAAUGACCUGAUUAGUAGAGACAUGGACAAUUUGAUUCCAGUGGCGAUUAGUAGUGUAAAGAACAUUGUGCACCCGUCCUUUCGAGAUAAGGAGAAUACAAUCCAUAUGGCGAUUGGACGGUUUUUGUUUGGCAUUGGAGCUGAUUUGGAUGCAGUAAACUCUGUUAAUUUUCAACCAAUGAUCGAUGCUAUUGCCUCUGGAGGAUUCGGAGUGUCUGCCCCGACUCAUGAUGACCUUCGAGGUUGGAUACUGAAGAAUUGUGUAGAGGAAAGUACAAAAGAAAUUGAUGACUGCAAAGCAAUGUGGAAGAGGACAGGCUGUUCCAUUUUGGUUGAGGAAUGGAACACUGAUAAAGGCCUCAAAGUCCUUAACUUUUUGGUUUACUGUCCAGAAAAGAUAGUCUUUCUGAAAUCUGUGGACGCGUCUGAGAUGUUAUCUUCGCCGGAUAAGUUGUUUGAGCUACUUAGGGAGCUGGUUGAAGAAGUUGGCAAUGCCAAUGUUGUUCAAGUGAUUACAAAAUGCGAAGAUCACUACAUUGAUGCUGGGAAAAAGUUGAUGCUUGUGUAUCCUUCUCUAUAUUGGGUUCCUUGCGCUGCACAUUGCAUUGAUCAGAUGCUCGAGGAAUUUGGGAAACUAGGCUGGAUAAGUGAGACUAUCGAACAGGCUCGAGAUAUCACAAGAUUUAUUUACAACCGUAGUGGUGUUUUGAACUUGAUGUGGAAGUUUACUUCGGGUAAUGAUAUCCUGCAACCAGCAUUUAGCACUUCUGCCACAAACUUUGCUACAUUGGGUAGAAUAGCCGAGCUCAAAUCCAAUCUGCAGGCUAUGGUUACUUCGGCAGAGUGGAAUGAAUGUUCGUAUUCGGAAGAUCCCAGCGGGUUGGUGAUGAAUGCCAUCACUGAUGAAGGCUUUUGGAAGGCAGUAGAUUUGGUAAACCAUUUAACCGGUCCUCUUUUGCGGGCUUUGAGGAUAGUUUGUUCUGAAAAGAGGCCUGCAAUGGGGUAUGUCUAUGCAGCACUGUACCGAGCAAAAGAUGCAAUCAAAACACAUCUGGUUGAGAGGGAGAGUUACAUGAUAUACUGGAAAAUUAUAGAUCGAUGGUGGGAGCAGCAACAGCAUUCUCCUUUGCUUGCUGCUGGUUUCUUUCUUAACCCAAAAUUCUAUUAUAACUCCAACGAAGAAAUGCGUAGUGAAAUUAUUCUAUCGGUGCUCGAUUGCGUCGAGAGAUUGGUUCCUGACGACAAGAUUCAAGAUAAAAUCAUCAAGGAGUUAUCCUCUUACAAAGCUGGCAAUGGAGUUUUUGGAAGAAACUUGGCAAUCAGAGCUCGGGACACAACGCUUCCUGCUGAGUGGUGGUCUACAUAUGGAGAAAGCUGCUUGAACCUCUCACGUUUUGCGGUACGUGUUCUUAGUCAAACGUGCAGUUCAUCAGUUAGCUGCAGGAGAAACCAGAUACCUUUCGAACAAAUAUACCAAUCGAAGAACUCCAUUGAGCAGAAACGGCUCAGCGAUCUUGUAUUUGUUCAGUACAACAUGCGCCUCAGACAACUGGGUCCUGUAACCGGGGAUGACACACUAGACCCGUUAUCACACAACAGGAUGGAUGUUUUUAGAGACUGGGUUUCCGGAGACCUAGCUUGUGUUGAAGGAAAUGGAAGUGCGGACUGGAAGUUGCUCGAGUCUAUUCAUAGGAAUCAAGUAGUACCGAUCAUCGAUGAUACCGAAGACUUGGGACCAGGUUUCGAUGAUACUGAGAUAUUCAAAGGAGAAAAGGAAGUGAGAGAUGAAGUGUAUUAUACAAACACAUCGGAGAAAGUAUUCACGUGACGUCCCUAAGAUAUACCAUGGUUGGUUUAAGCCUCUUGGUUGGCUCUUUCUAACUCACAGGAAGCUGUUUGUAGUCGUAGGGUUUGAUCUGUAUUAUUAGAGGUUUUACUCUUUAGAUUUAUUCUUGUACAAGACGUUUCAGUAUUCUUCUUCAUACUCCCUCAUGCCUUUGUCCUCUCUUAGGUGAUAUUGUCAGGUUCUGUCCAGAUAUUAAAAUGUUUGACAAAUAUUGGGUGUUAUUGUCAGUUCUUAUGUUAUAAAAGCACCCUCUUAAUGCCCCAA